AUGAAGGCAUUCUUUGAUAGGUUCUUUCCACGGGAUAAAAGGGAAGCAAAAGUGGAGGAAUUUAUCAACCUUCGCCAAGGAUGUAUGAGUGUCCAAGAAUACUCCUUGAAAUUCACUAAGUUGUCCAAGUAUGCCCCAUCUUUAGUGUCUAAUCCUAGAGAUAAAAUGAGCCGAUUUGUGACGGAGGUGUUCAACUCAAUUGAGGAAGAAUGUCGUGCGGUAAUGCCUCAUGACAAUAUGGACAUUUCACGUCUAAUGGUGUAUGCUCAACAAGUUAAGGAGACAAGGCUUAGGAAAAAGAAUAGAGAGGUAAAAAGGGAAAUGACCGAUGAUGGUAAUUAUUCUAAGGGUAAGUUUGAGGGUCAAAGUGGACCAAUGUUUAAGAAGAGGUUUUCCAACCAAAGCUCUUCUAAUGCUCCUAAGACCAACAAAGAUAGGGUGUCUAACCCUUUGCCUCAAGGAGGCAAUAGGAGUGCACUAUCCAUGGAGAGGCCUACACAUGCCAAGUGUGGUAAGAAGCAUGAGGGAAAUGUCUUGCUAGUUUGGGUGUGUGCUAUGGAUGUGGAAAAUGUGAGCAUCAAUUGA